UCGACCGUUCAAUCCAUGGCUGUACCUGUUGUUGAGAAGUGAUGAAAGGCGCGCACCGUUGUCAAAUGCGUCGGGUGGCUGAGGGAGCUGAGGUCACCGCCAGUCUCUUGUCACACCAAACACCCAGUGGUUCAGGCUGGCCAAAGUUAUGAGUUAUCUGCCCUGUCCUCCCAAACUAAUCUAGUCCCAGGAAACUAAUUUCAACACACAACUGGACGACGGUGCGUUGCGUUGGUGGCCGCCGGCGACGAUGUCGUCGUCCGCGGGCGACAAGAGGAAGAAGACGGCGUGCGUGACCGGAGGGAACGGGUACAUCGGCUCCGCGCUCAUCAAGAUGCUGCUGGAGGACGGAUACGCCGUCAAGACGACGGUCAGGAACCCCGCAGCGCCAUAGAAAUCCUACACUUUGCUACUUCAGCCAGGCCUAGGCGCGCAUGUGCCUUUACUUUACUGUCGCUGUUGGAGACGACAUGGACAAGAACUCCCACCUCAAGGGCCUGCAGCAGCUCGGGCCGCUGACGGUUCUCCGCGCCGACAUGGACGAGGAGGGCAGCUUCGACGACGCCGUCGCCGGCUGCGACUACGCCUUCCUCGUCGCCGCCCCGGUGAACCUCUCGGCACAGGAUCCAGAGCUUGCUUGGCGGUGGAUGUCCCGAUGGCAGAAAGAGCAGAUCGAGCCGUCCGUCCGAGGCACGCUGAACGCGAUGCGGUCGUGCGCGAAGGCCGGGACGGUGCGGCGCGUGAUCCUGACCUCGUCGGUGGCCGGAGUCUACAUCAGGCCGGACCUGCUGCAACUGCGAGGCGACGGGCACGUGCUGGACGAGGAGUCCUGGUCCGACGUCGAGUACCUCAGAGCCAACAGGCCACCAACCUGGGGGUACUGCGUGUCGAAGGUGCUCCUCGAGAAGGAGGCGUGCAGGUUCGCGGGCGAGCACGGCAUCAGCCUGGUCACCGUCUGCCCCGUCAUCACCGUGGGCGCGGCGCCGGCGCCCAAGGUCCGCACGAGCAUCAUCGACAGCCUCUCCAUGCUGUCCGGCGACGAGCGAGGGCUCGCCGUGCUCAAGGGCAUCGAGAAGACCUCCGGCGCGGUGCAGCUGGUCCACGUCGACGACCUCUGCCGCGCCGAGCUGUUCCUGGCGGAGGCGGCGGCGGCCGACGGGAGGUACAUCUGCUGCGGCCUCAACACGACCGUCCUCGAGCUCGCGCGUUUCCUGGCACACAAGUACCCGCAGUACGGCGUGAAAACAAACCUCGACGGCGAUGAACAGCAGCUACUCGAGAAGCCGAGGGUGAGGGUGUCGUCGGAGAAGCUCGUCCGGGAAGGGUUUGAGUACAGGCACAACACGCUGGACGAGAUCUACGACAAUGUGGUUGAGUACGGCAAGUCGUUAGGGAUUCUGCCCUACUGAUACAUAGAUGCCCGAGCUUAAUUAAGUACGAGGGCAGCAUAUAUGUUAUCGGACAUAUACGAGUCUUGGAAAGUAAUUAAAUAAUUUAUGGAGAUAUUUUUCAUUGGAAAAAACAGUGUGAGAGUUCUAGACUAAAGGCUAGUUUAGAAACUUAAAUUUUCUUUGGUAUUGUAGGGGAUUGAGGUAGAAAUUAGUUCAUUUCCUUUAGAACCCCCACAAAAUUUCCGAUGGAAGCUUGAGUUUCUAAACUAGCUCAAAAUUGAGCUGAAAAGCACUUUUGAACC